CUACUAAAUCCGACGGCCCAGAAUCCACAGAUACAGAGCAAUAAAACCAACUCAGACAACAGAUUUGUUCGAAACUGAAUAGAUUUCCGUCUCCACACCCUAAAAUCUCUCCGAGGCUUCUCGUAGAACACGAUCAAUUGAAGCUCUGAAUUUGAGACGAUAUCUUGAUUGUUAGUUUGUAAGUUAAAUCAUAAUUUUAUCGCAGAUUAGAAGAUAAAGGGGGUGUUGUUGUGGCGUUUUUGUUUAGAGGGGGAUUUCGUUGGUCAGAUUUGUGGGGAUUGGGCUGCGAUUAUGGGGCUUGGCGGUGACGAUGAUGUGAUUUUUGAUGAUGGUGAUGGUGGGGCAUGUGGCGGUGGCGGAGGAGGUGGUGGCAAGAGUUUUGGGUCGGUUUCGUGCUCGAUUUGCCUCGAGGCGGUCACCGACAAUGGGCACCGAUCAUGGGCUAAGCUUCAAUGCGGUCACGAAUUCCAUCUGGAUUGCAUUGGUUCAGCCUUCAAUAUAAAAGGUGCAAUGCAAUGCCCUAAUUGUCGCAAAAUUGAGAAAGGCCAAUGGCUUUAUGCAAAUGGUAGUCGUACUGUUCCUGAAUUUAGCAUGGAUGACUGGAUGCAUGAUGAGGACCUUUAUGAUCUAGGCUACUCUGAAAUGUCUUUUGGAGUUCACUGGUGUCCAUUUGGCAGCUUAACGCGGUUUCCUUCAUCUUUUGAGGAAGCAGAAUUUUCAUCAACUGCAUAUCAUGAUCUACUGGGACAACAAGCUAUUUAUGCUGAACAUACUGCUGUUUCCGCUGCUACUCAUCCAUGCCCAUACAUUACUUAUUUUGGACCCAUUCAUCCCUCGUCUUCAAACUCCAAUGGUAGCGUUUCAGAUGGUUCUAAUUUCAGCAAUCACUGGACUGGCCCAUCGGUACCUGGCGAGAUGCAAACUUCUUAUGCUUUCCCUUCCAUGGAUCUCCAUUAUCACCGUUGGGAGCACCAUUCUCCUCCAUUCUCUUCAUCUGGCAGUCGUGUCAAUGGUGCUGAUCCGCCUUCAAUUCCACCUGUUACUCAAAGAUCAGCCAGAAUAGGAUCUGAUCUACCAAGAUCAGGGUCUUUUAUGCAUCCCUUCAUUGUUGGUCACAGCUCUACUGCUAGAGCUGGAAGCUCUGUUGCGUCCUCAAUGGCUCCACAUUACCAAGGGAGCAAUGCUCGAGCCCGUGAUAGAGUGCAAGCUCUACAGGCGUACUAUCAACAGCAACAACCUGGAAAUUCCUCAGGCAUUCGCACACCAACAAUUUCUGGAACUCGAAGAUCAAGCAGUCACAGAGGCUUUUCUCAUUCACAGCCAGUUGCCUCAUCAUCCGAUCAAAGUAGCAGUGGCUUCUAUUUCAUCCCUGGAUCAGGUCGGAACUUCCAAGAAGCAGAAAAUCCUGUACCUGCACGUUUUCACGCGUGGGAAAGAGAUCGCUUGCCUUCAUUCCCACAUAAUCAGGUAGACAGAGAUCCAAGUUUCCGUGAAUUCUAUCAAUCUGUCGUUGGGCCAGAACCUGGCAUCAGGUUCAGUAGCCUCCGUCAGAGGCAUGCCCCUGAGAGGUCAUCAUCCCAAAAUCGAUCAUAGACUCUAUCAUUUUCUGGGUGAAGCAAAGUUCCAAUUACUAUGAUGAGACCAAAAAUUAUGUAUGCUUGAAAAUAUUAUAUAAUGCUUGGAUUCUGUCAUUCCUGACAGUCUGAAAUACUGUGGAGGGGCCCCAAGAAAUGAAUGAUCUUGAUGGCAGCCACCUGCUGGCCAUGGAGCUUCUAGUUUCUUUGCGAUUGAGGAUGUAAGAAUAAGAUCAUAUGUUGAGUUGAACUGAAGGGGAGGGUUCCUGGGGUGACCCAGAAGUUAAAACUAUGAUCGAAUGAGUUUUGUGAAAAUGUUAUAAGUGGGUUGCCCAGUAUGUCUCUGAAUCUAUUUGGCCAUGUGUCCAAACAUGUGAAGAAAUACAUGAACUGGCUCAGUUGAUAUUUGCAUCUAUUAUGUACAAUGUGACCCUGCUUUCGGUGAA